AUGUGUACUAGAUAUGAGUACGACUGUACAUACGAUACGAAGAAAGGCGAUACCGCUGCUGCCCUUGAUCCGAGCAAAGCGGCCUCCAGCUCAGCAGCAAAGCGCAUAAUGGUUGAUCACAGCCAAAGCACUUAUGCGACGGACUACGAUAGUGCCACGAAAAGGCCUGUGAUACACACGCCUCCUUCCACUGCUGCAUCUGAAAGCCACGGCGGUCGUGGAUACGCAGGAUCUUGUGCAGCUACCACUUUCCCACACGUGCUGGGCAUAGCUUUGGGUUCAUCCGAAUAUACGGACAUCUUAACGACAAGCUCGUUUGCCUUCAAUUUUGGCAAUCGUCCUGAAGAGUCGUCUAAGAAUCGUCCUGAUCUAGGUACGCUUAUCUCGCAAGCGUUCCUGGCACAAUACUCGGAAGUAUUCUUCUCCAGUCUGGCGACUGUCAUCGACUUGAUAGACCCAGCCGUAUACACACGGCGGUGUCGGCACUACUACGAUCAUGAUCGAUAUAGCGGCACUGCCAUUGCGUUCUCUGCGGUUGCUGCUGGUGUAUGCGCAAUAGGAUCAUUCCUGUCACCCAACAGAUGCGAACGAGAGUCCGAUCUCGUCCAAUAUGCCAAGACGAUUCUAGAUGAUACGUCUUCUAUCCGUCUACCAGAUGUCGACCAUGUCAUUGGAUGGGGCUUUCGUAUGCUCUAUCUGCGCGCCACAAGCCGCCCCAAUAACGCGUGGUUGGCAUCGUGUACGCUCAUGCAUUUGUGCGAGGCGGUGGGUCUGAAUGACGAGAACGCCAUUCAAAGGAUCACUUCUGCGCCCGAUGCUGCCCUAUUGGGACACACUGUGAACCAGCUGAGACGAGUGUUUUGGAUCGCAUGGGCUGGACACAGCCUGCUCUCGUAUGAGUACGAUCGAUCGCCUGUCAUAUUUGGUACGCUCAAGAUGGGCAUACCAGAGGAGGCUGUCGAAAGUGCCAUUGCUUUUGGUAAGGCGGCCACCGAAGCGGCUGUACAGCUCGCGGCGCAGGGCUGUCUGUUCUGGAACGUCAUAAGCAGCGUGUUUCAGUAUGCCUGUGUGCUCUUGGCCAUAGACAGCCCGGUUGCGUCUGAGCAUAUACCAGGUGUGUUUGCAGCGCUGGAGCAGGUCGCGAAUAGUGCCAAUACGCGAUUGAUGCGAGAGACGUUGUCAAUCGCGCGGCAUCUGCUGGGCCUACGGUUAGCGAAGAAGCGCAAGGAGCUAGCGCAGCUGGAAGGCAUCGGAAGCGCCCAGUCAUACGAGCAUCAGCCAGAUCAGCUUGGGCCGACAAGUCACGGGACGGCUAGUACGACUGAUAUCAACGCAGCAGAAUUCGACUUUGAUCUGGAUUGGGACCAGUUCACAAUUGAGCCGUUUCUGUCCAUGUUUGGGCCGGACAGCGGACUGUAA